CAAACGUUACUGCUGAGACUGCAAGGAGCUAGAACCAACCUCAACGAGCGGUAGCUGUGCCGAGCUCACGAUUUCCGUCACUAGGUGUUCAUGAGACAUCAUGAGGACUGUCGAAGAUUACCGCGAUGAAUUGGUGACACGCCAACACGUAGUCAAGGCGGUCGACCUGCUGAAUGUGGCGCUGGCCAAGUGCCAUCGCCGACGUAUCAACUUCGGGGCCAAGUGCGGCACCGACUUGACCUUUGAGCGCUCCAGGCGCAGUGAGCUGACGUACUGCCUCGGCGAAUAUGACUCCGCUGAGCCCGAUGACUUUGGGGCGCUGGACUCGGAGCUCGACGAGCCUCCCGCCGCUGGCAGGCCCGCCAUGGCACACACGCGCAGCGCCUGCUCGGUCAAGUUCCGUGAGAUGCCGGCAGACGGCGACGACGAUUAUGACGGCGACUCAGAUGGAGAGCAGGGCAGGGAGCGGCAGCAGUCAGUCUCGCUCCAUCGCGCAACCUCGGGUCGCACUACCUGUGGUGACUCCUCAUCGGUGAUGGCAGGGGAGGGCAGCAGCACGCGCGCCUCCCGCGCCCCCAGCGCCAGCAGCGGCCGUGCCCCCAGCUCCCGGCGUCACGAAGGCGGCGGUCCCCAGCUUGAAGACCCAUGCAUGGACUGGCGUGCGGCCAGCACGCUUCUGGCGGUCUCCAAGGUUCGGCGCAUGUCCACAAUGGAGGCGCGGGCCUACAUGGAAGAGGCCGCACAGGUGUCGUCGGCAUCUGCUGACGUGUACGGCGACGCUGCUGCUGGCGGCGCCGCCGGCGGCGGCGACAGCGCCGGCGGCCUGGUGUGGCUGCAGCGCGCGGGCUGCAUGACCGCACGUGGCGCGGGCCGCGCCCGCCGUCACUCCAUUUGCAGCCUUCUGGUGCCAUCCACCUCCGCGAAAUCGAACGCCUCCGCCGGCUCGGCGGCGGCUGUGCCGCCGGGGCCCCCGCAGCACCAGACGUCCGGCGGCAAGGUAGCUAGCGGCGGCGGCGGUACGGCAACUGCGUGCAGCAUUACUAAUGGGGCCGCCGCCGCCGCUGCUGCUGGUGCGAACGCAACGGACGCUACCGCCGAUGCGCCCACCACCGCGCGCACUGCAGGCGGCGGCAGCACAGCCUCUGGCAGGCACCGCAGCGGCGGCAGCGCAACCGUGGAGCACGAGGCCGCACCCUUGGAGCAGGAGGCCGCAGCGGUGGUGGGCAUGCUAGCAGUGGGGGGUGGCACGACAUUCAGCAGCACGCGGCAACGGGUGAAGACCGCCACAGGCAGCAGCAGUGGCGCCACGGCUCGCCAGCUGCAGUCGCAGACGACACAGGCGGCGGCGCCGCCUGCAGCGGCUGCGGUGGAGGCGGCGGAGAUGGGCGCGAACCCCAGGCUGACGGAGGCAAAGCUGCUGCACUACCUGUUCAACAACGCCGGCGCGGCCGCGCUCACAGCCGCCGCCACUGGCCUCGUCAGGGCGGAUGCCGCCGCCCCACCCCCAGCGCCGUCGCCAGGUCUCUCAGCAGGCGAUAACGUGCUUCAACAGCCGGCCGCUGCCACGGGCGCCACAGGUGCGGCGGCCGCCGAUGCCGCCCAGCCGCCGCCGCCGCCAGCGCUGCCCUCCCCUCCCACAGCGUCGCGGCAGCAGUCACACCACCGGCCCGGAAACCGCCGUGCCUCCGUGGAACUUGGCAGCUUGGGCACCAACUCCCUCUCCACAGCCCUGCAGAUGAUUGUUGGGAGCGGCGGGGGCGGCGCCAUCAGCGGCAGCUUUGGCGGCGCCGCCGCCGCCGCCGCCAGCGACUCCACGGCGGGUGGCGGCAUUGUUUCACGGCAGGAUGCUGGCGGCGGUGCCGCAGGGGAUGGCGGCAUGAGUUACGUCGGUUACCUACCGCUCGGCCUGAAGGGCAGCAGUAGCAGCAGGCAGCCCUGCUACAGUGGCAGUAGCUGCAGUGGCGCUGCUGCCCCUGCUGCCGGCAGCAGCACCUACAGCCUGCACGCGCCCAUCCCGCCGCUGGCCUUGCACCACGCCAGCAGCAGCCCUAUGGCGGGGCGCCACGAGCAUCAUGGCAGUAGCAGUGGCGCCCUGCUAGACGCCGCCGCAUGUGUUGCUACAGCCGCCGGAGCCUCCUCGGCCCUCCGCAGCGCGCCCCUGCCGCACCUGCGCAUGGCGCUGCCUCCGCUACUGGCCUCCCCUGUUGACAACGGCAAGAACGCACCGGGCGGCGGCGCAGGUGUCGCAGGCUGCGCAGCGGGUGGUGGCUUUCAAUGGCCGCGGUUGCCGGAAGGUGGUCUCAUCGCCGCCACCUCUGCUGCCGCUGCCAGCACUGGCGCCUGUGGCAGCAGUAGCAUCAGCGCCCCGCUACCCGCCAUGCACCUCCCACACCUGCGGCGGUACACGACACGCGGGUUCCUGCCACACGACGCCGCCGGCAGUGACGGCGGCAGCGGCAGCCACUGCUAUGCUGCUGACGCGUCCGAGCAUUCGCUUUCGGUGUCGGGCGCCCCUCGCGGUGGCAUGGCCGGGGGCGAGGGAGCAACGCGGCCGGAUCCAUCCCGCCGCAUCCGUGCUGCAAUGAUGGGUCCCGGCGGCUCCCAAGCCUCUGCACCAUCGUCUCCUGCACUCAAGACUUCAACACACCUGGCCUUCUCAGGAGCAGCAGCAGGCUCUCCGCCGCCAAUCCGGCACCGGGGCUCCUGCUACCCGCCGCAGUCCCUAGAGUGUGGCGGUGGCGGCCCAGCCACUGCCCCGCACAGCCACAUAAGCCAUGCUGGCAGCGGCGGCCUUGCCGCCGCCGCAGGCAUCCAGCGCGCCCCGACUUGCGGCGGCUCGCCCCACCCACAGCUCGCGGCGUUGCCAGCAGUGCCGGCUGCAGCGGUGCACUUUUACGCGCCUACGCCCCUGACAACGCAUCGCCUGAGCAUGCACCAGCGCAUCAUGGCGCUGCCAGUAGAGGGCCAAGCCGCCGCCGACACUGCCUCAGACCGCCUCGCAAGAUACCUGGCAUCUGACACCAGCGGCGGCGAUGGCGGCAUCAGUAGCAGCUGCGGCGGUGAUGGCACAGCAACCAACCACUACGGCCUCCAGACUGAUGACCUUCAUCAGCAGCAGCAUUACCACCACCACCCGCUGUUGCUUCCCCAGCAGCAGUCACACGGCGUCAAUGCUAGUCGCGCCCGCCGCGCCUCUGCUCUGGCCUCGGGGCCUGAGGGCGCCGCUGCUGACUUCGGCGGCGGCGGUGACGGCGGUGCCCGCGGAGUCCUGCAGCUGGGCUCCCAUGGUGGCGCCGGCGGCCGUGCCGGCGGCGGCAGCCUCAGCUGCGGGGCUAAUGCCGGCGGCCUUGCAGCAUUAGUAGCGGCAGGCGGCAGUGUGGGCGGCGGCGGCGGCAGGUGCUCGCCGCAGCCGCUGCUGCCCAUGGGCAGCAUGGGCCUGCUGGUGUGCACCGCCACCACCGCCACCACCGCCUGUCUUGAUGACGUGGACGACGCCGACGACAGCGGCGGCGGCAGCGCCGUCAGCAGCGGCGUAAGCGGUGGUGUGAUGCUGUCGCCGCAAGCGGUUGGCGGCGGCGGUGGCGGCGGCAUUGGUGCCUCGCGACGGCGCCCUGUCCACCCGUCCUGGCUGCUAUCAGAGUGGCCCUGGCUGCCCACACCCGCUGCUGGGGAUGGUGACACGGCUGCCGCCGCAGCUGCCGCGGCGCUGGCACCCGCGAUCAGGGGCCGGGCGUCGCCGGCAUCGUCUGCCACCGGUAUGGCAACGAACACCAACGCAAACAUUGUGGCACGGAGCCUUUCACGGUGUGGCAGCAGCUUGGCGAGGCCGCUGCAGGCCGCCGGCAGCAGCCGCUUUGGAGGUGCACUCAUGAUGACACAGAGCCUUGCAAGCGGCGUCGGUGGCAGCGGCGGCGCUCUACUGCUGCCUGCAGGCGCCGGCCCGCCUGCUGGUGCUGCGGCACCAGCAGCCUUGGGCGCUCAUGUUGACAACGGCGCGGUCACAGUCCCAGACGGGAUGUUGGUGGCGCUCUGUGGUCGCGGUGGCGGCGGCAGCCCGGCGGGAGCGCCGCCGCCGCCGCCGCAGCGUCCCAAGCAUGUAGGGCCCGACAGCGUGCGACCGCAGCCGCCCGCCUCACCGGGCCCGCGCCAAGCAGUUGCAGGCACCGCGCCGCCGCCCUCAGUUGCCACGUCUGCAAGCCCCCUGCUGCUGCCGCACCCUCCACCCGAGCCCACGGGCGCCGGAGCCGCCGCCGCCGCAGCAGCAGCAGCAGCGACUGCGGAUGGUGAUUUCCUGGUCUCUGGUGGAGGCUUGGCAGCGUUGGAAAGCGGCGGCGGCGGCAGUGGCCGUGGAUCGCCACUGCGUCUGGGCGGCCGCAAGGCGAUGGCCGUCAAUGCGCUCUCACGAGACUGCAGCCGUGCCGCCUCCCAUGUGAGCAGUAUCGGGUCUGCUGUUGCUUUUGGGGCGCCCAGCGGCGGUGACGCGGAGGACGAAGACGAUAGCGAGUGGCAGCGACGGCUGCGUUUGGGUGAAGCAGAGAGCAGCUGGCAGCGACGCAGCGUGGCCUGGCGAACCACUGAAGACGGUGGCAGCGAAGCCGAAGGGGCGGCUGCUGACGGCCGCAAGGAGGGUAGCAGACGAGAUGAAGCGUCCGUGGGAAGCCGCAGCGGCGGCAGCUUGUGGGCCGCAAGCGCCAGCAGGCGCGGCAGCAGUGCGCAGGAGGCUGCAGCAGCCGGCGGUGGUGGCUGUGCCAUGUCUGCCUUGGCGGCAUCAGCUGGCCCAGGAGGCGACGGCGGCGCCACCGCUACUGCAGCUUUGCUGCUUGCCAGCAGUAGCUCCGCUCUGGUUGCGGCGGAGGUGUCAGACAGCGCAUUGCUGUCGUCAUCCUCCGCCUCAGUGCUUGCAGCGGCCUUGCUGGGCGCCGAGCAACAGUCGCAAGCGGCUGGCGGUGCUGUAGGCGUGCGUGGCUAGCGGUAGGGACAGCAGCCCGCCGGUGCGCCGCCGUGGGUCACUCUCGCGCACCGGCGGUGGCAGGAGCACGCAUUGCCUGGUUCAGAUCGCUUGCGAUAGAAGGCGGAUGUGCAUGAGGGAGGUGGCUAUGAGAGUGUGAGACACCAGCGCACACGCUGUGCUCGACGGCGACGUCCCCACUUGCCGAGCUGGCGGUUCUUGCUGGUGCUGGCAGCGUCUGGUCCGGGCAACGGCAGUAGCGCUACUGCCGGCGGAGACACGGCAUGUGUCUCGGGCUCCGCAGCCGCAGGGCUGUUUCGCUCGUCCGCUUUUCGCGCACUGUCCCGCACUGGUAGCAGCGCAAAGCGGUUGCUGCCGCUCUCCCGCCUCGCUGCGCAAGUGGUCAAGGCCGCAGCUGCAGCGGCGGCGGCAGCGGGCAUGCAGCGGGCAAGGCUGUGGCAACAGGUGGCAAGGAGUCCAUGAUGGGUGCUCUGUUUGGCGCGGUGUAGCACAUGUGGCGUGGCACUGCGGAGCAGGUGGAGCACAGGACCCGGCAGGCGCUUACCGCAGCGACGGCGAUGGGGACGAGGAUGCGGAUGCGGUUGGGGAUGUGGCGGAAGAUGCCGAGGAGGAGGAGGGCCAUGCGGGCAGGGUCGCACACUUGGGAAUAAAACAGCAGGUUUGGAACUGCUUGCAGUGGGAGAACAGCUUACGUGCGCUGCGUCUUGCUGUGUUUGGGCCCCCCCGAAUAAUUGCUCACUUGAAGUAAAGUAGCAUGCAGUGUGCUGCCGAAAGCAAUUGCUGUUGGUUCCAGCAGGAACACCCCUACGUGGUUCUAUGUAUGUGAACUGCAAGAUUAAGCUGCGCUUUGCAGCAGGGCGACACGUACGGUGAGCGCGUUACUGCCUGUUGCUGCAGGAACAAUAAAUGCUGAUGAGCAGAUAGAGUAGUAUCUAUGCCCCAUGUGAAGAAUUGUAUGGAACAAAGUUACCCAUGUCCGUACGUGAUUACGGUAUGACGGGAGCAAGUCAAAAGCUGCCGUCAGCCCAAAUCAGUGGCGGUGUUGUGCUAGCGUUAGGUAUCGUGAUUUUUACUGCAAGCUGCAGCGGCCGCCAUGGCCACCGGCGGCGGCGGGGCCGGGCUGAGAGCCUGAGAGCCUGAACGGCGCUAGCAGGGCGUGGGGCUGAGGGUGCACGUGUCGAUUGGCGGCGAGUGACGUGACUAGUUUGUUAGCUGCGGGUUAGCACGGACUGUGCACCCCACCCAACCGGCCACGUCCGGAUUUGCGGGGAUGCCAAAGGCCCCCAACAUAGAGGCGUGUGCUUAGUAGGCACCCGCGUCAAGGUGACUGGGUUGAUAACGACCCG